AUGACGAAAGAGAAAAAGGUGAAAAAAACUCCCGGAUGCAGUUGGAUUGAGGUCAAUAGAAAUGUUCACACUUUCCUGAUAGGAGAUAGGUUACAUCCUCAAACAGAGAAAAUAUAUGAGACGUUAGAGAUGUUAUCCAUGCAAAUGAAGGCAUUAGAAUAUGUUCCCGACUUAAGCUUUGUCCUGAGUGACGUUGAGGAAGAGCAAAAAGAACUAAUUCUUAGCCACCAUAGUGAGAAACAAGCAAUUGCAUUUGGGUUUAUGAAUACACAUCCUGGUACAAUUAUCAGAGUAACCAAAACCCUUCGCAUAUGUAGAGAUUUUCACAUUGCUGGGAUUUUCCUGUUUUCCCUUGAUGAUAAUAGCGCCAGCAGAGCUGCAGACAUGAUUGUGAUUGCGUUUACAAACUAA